UCCAUACUGAAGGCGGCGUGCUGCUGCGUGCGCGUCCCCGCCUGUGCCGGCAUUGGUGACGUGCGCGAUCCCGUGCGUCCUCUCUUGCCGCUGCUCUCGCCAUGAUUUGUCUGGUGCUGACCAUCUUUGCGCACAUUUUCCCUACUGCGUGGACAGGGAUUAAUGAGCGCACCUUUUUAGCCAUCAAGCCUGAUGGGUGUCAGCGACGUCUGCUUGGGGAGAUUAUCAGGCGUUUCGAGAGGAAGGGCUUCCGGCUGGUUGCUAUGAAGAUGAUGCAGGCGUCAGAGGGGCUCUUAAAGGAACAUUACAUCGCUUUACGAGAUCGGCCAUUCUAUGAUCGGCUGGUGAAGUACAUGACUUCUGGACCUGUGAUUGCUAUGGUCUGGCAGGGUUUGGAUGUGGUGAAGACGGCGCGGGUUAUGCUGGGAGAGACCAACCCAGCUGACUCCCUACCGGGAACUAUCCGAGGAGAUUUCUGUGUGGAUGUCAGCAGGAACGUGAUACAUGGCAGCGACUCUAGAGAGAGCGCCGAGCGUGAGAUUUCUCUCUGGUUCCAGCCUGACGAGCUUAUCUGCUGGCAGAGUAAUGCUGAGAGCUGGAUCUACGAGUAAGAUGCUGAGAAUACAGGAAGAUAUGGGGCUGUUACAAAUCACAUGUGGACUAAUCUCUUCUAGGACUGUUCAGCAGAGUCAGGGGGUGACACUCCACUUUAAGGGGAUCAAUAUAUAAAUUUAUUGGGGGAGAAACGAGCACGUGUUCCGUCCAAAUAGCAUCAAUUUUUGUGUGCUUUUCUGCUGAAUAUUCAAUCCUUUCUUCUCAUAAGGAUAAUACUUUUAUGACCGUUACAGCCAUGGGAAAAAAACAGACACAGUGGUUAUAAUUAUUAUUUUUUUAAGCAAUAUUAAACUUUACAGUGCCCCCAACCCUUAGUCCCUAUGGAUGUCCCUGCAUUAGAUCAUGUAAUUACAUGGACACCGUGCACUGGCUUCACUGAUAGUGGCCUCCCAUUGGAAAUACUGCCUGCUAAUCAAACGCCGGACUGGCAGUCCCAGGGGGCGGUGUUUUCACCUCCUAGGACUGCUCGUCUGGGCCGCUAUUAACGGAGAGAGCGCUACCACUAGAAAGCAAUUGCCUGCCUUACAGUCAGCCCUUCCCGGCUUCUAGGCAGCCAAUGCAGUCCACAGAAGCCAGUGUUCGUGCACAUGCGCCUAACAAGAUCCAUUGGACAGGCUCUAUGACUGUAUGCAGCUCAGACAUCCCCCUCAUCCAAAAGGGAAGAAAACUGCACUGCUUACCACUGUGCCACUUGGGAUAUAUAUCCAUUUAUGACCUUGUGAUCGUAAAUCUUCUAGAUGCUGGGAUGACAAACAUUGAAUGUAUUUACUUAAUGUACUUUUUAAAAUCCUCUUGUGGUGAUCUGAGAGGCUGAAUCUUCUGCCAUAUCUUCCAUUGACAUUACCGCGGGAGAGGAUAAAACCUAUGGUGAGGUCUGUAGCUACACAACAUAUAGCAGAUGUAGCCUUGCUGCCAGUAUAAAGGCACCAGACAUUUAUCAGCGGGUCAUCAGCGACGUAGUUGUUCUGCACACCAGAUGUGACAGCCCAAUGGAUGACGGCACACACCUGGAUGCGGCACUGAACGAUAUAUUGAAUGGUUGCCUGCUAUAUCGUUCUGUGUGUACGGGCAACUGUUGUAUCUUUACAUCGGUCAUCCCAUCCGCAACAAUCCAUGCUGUUGUAAUCUGUACCGGCCUAAUGGUUCUCAGUUUUUCAGUGUGUAAAUUGGCGCAGCAAGGGGUAUAUUUACUAUGCCGUGGUAUGUCAAAGCUGGGCGAUCAUUCACGGCUAAAAUGCCUGGUGCCCCCAGACCUGCCUCUCCAGUUUUCUCCUUGUAGGGAGGUCUCUUUUAGUAAGGGAGUCUACAGCAAAGUGAAAUGAUUGGUCUCUGAAUCUGACUAAAGGCCCAUACACACUAGCUGAGCUCAAAGUAGCACACUUCUGUCGUUUGAGCUCAAACUCUGCCAGUGUAUAUGGCCGGGUGAUGAGCAGUAAGCGCUGAUGCAUGCUCUCCUACUGUGGAAAGUGGUUCUCCCCCCUCUGAACAUCGCUCGGUGUGUAAGCACUGAGCUAUUUUCCUGCCAGUGAUGUUCACAUCAUCGCCCAGCAUACACACUGGGUGAAAACAGUGUGUAUGGACCUUUAACAGUAUCAUAUACACAUUAUAGAAGCCCCUUAGAUAUGUUAUGAAUUCACCCAAUGGUUUACACUGCUACUUCUGCCUAGGAUACAUGUAGGAGUGGGUUGGUUAUUCUGAUAAAAUGACUUCUAAUGUCCACUACUGCAGCUCAGACCUUACAUGGACAAAAAAAAAACAUCAGCCCACACCUGGCCCUGCUAUUGGCUGUUUCUCAGACAUUGGGGGUCAUUCCGAGUUGAUCGCUGGCUGCUGAUUUUCGCAGCGAUGAGGUGAAAAAAACUGCAUUUCUGCGCAUGCCCCGCAAUGCGCACGCACAACGUACGGGUACAAAGCUCUUUGUGGUUGUGCUCAGGUUCUAGCAAAGUUUUCCUUCGCACUGGCGGCCGCAAGAAGAUUGACAGGAAGGGGGCAUUUCUGGGUGUCAAGUGACCGUUUUCAGGGAGUGUUUGCAAAAAUGCAGGCGUGUCUGAAAAAACGCAGGCUUGGCUGGGCGGGUGUAUGACGUCAAAUCCGGACACGAAUAGGCUGAAGUGAUCGCAAGCGCUGAGUAGGUUCAGAGCUACUCAGAAACUGCACAAACUGUUUUUGUAGAGCUCGGCUGCACAUGCGUUCGCACUUCUGCUAAGCUAAAAUACACUCCCCAGAGGGCGGCGGCAUAGUGUUUGCAUGGCUGCUAAAACUAGCCAGCGAGCGAUCAACUCUGAAUCGCCCUCACUGUACGCUGCUGGGCCUGCAUUGUCAUCGCUAGGUGAGAAUGAAGGUACAGAUGUGGCCUCGUACAUUUAGCCUCAAUACGCCAUGCAGAUACUGCCGCACACAAAAUAUGCACAUGCUGCAUAUCAUUUUAAUCUGCAGACUCUGCUUGUGAGUCUUAUUCACAUAGUGAUACAAAUAAGGCAUUUUCUGUGAAAAAAAAUGCACAAAGAGACACCCUGUGUUAGUGAACUCGCUCAUGACAAGGCGAGACUUGAAGGGCUAUUUAACGUGACUUCAGCAGUGAUGAUGGAGGACACAUCUGUACUUCAGUAUGUUAAUAUGGUCAGCUUGGUAGGAAACAGAAGUUCAGUACAGUCCUUUUCUUCUACCUAGUUAUGAAGGUGGAACUGUCCCAAUACACAGGUCCUGAAAGAGGCAUGAGCUUGUUUCUCUCCUGAUUUUGCUUUUGGAAAUAUUGGAAGAUGUGGCUCAUAACCACAUGCCAACCCUGCCACUUGUACUAUUAGGACUUGUCAUAACUUUUUCCUUUAAUGUUUAAAGUAUAUUUGUAUAAAAUAUAGUAAACAAAAAAUACCUGGUCCCAAUGGUAAAAAAGUUAAGUGCAACCAAACUGCAUGCAGACAGCAACAGUGACACCUGAUGGCAUAUGUAAGGUAUGACGCCCCAUCCAAAUGAAACCUUUCACUUGUAUUACUUUUACACCAAAAUCCCAGGUUUCCGGACACAGUCUCAACCUGGGUCAGACCCUGUUUUACACUGAACACGGGGCUACCCGGCAUGUCACUCACAGACCCGCCCUUAAGGCUGACCUCUGCAUGCACAGCCAGUCAGCAGCUUUGAAGCAUAACCCAGGUCGAGCUGUUUACACUGCAUCGUUACCUGGGUCCAACCCUGGUAGCUACCAGGGUCAGAUUCCCUGUUCACUCAACCUGGGUUAUUUUUCAAGGACCCUUUUACACCAAGCUGUGACCUGGGUAGACCCAGCAAUAACCUGAGUCAAAAGCUCUGUGUAAAAGGGGUAUGAUUGUAUACAGUACCUGAAUGAUGCACUUGCAGGAGUUAGAAUACUGAAAUCCCACAUUUCCUUUUUCUUAAGUGUACUAAACCAAUACUCAUGAGAAGGUAGAUUCUGAAUUUAUUAAGAACCAGUACCAAUGGGGAAUGAGUCACUUUUAUGAAUCUUCCGUCACUAGUUCCUGGUGGAGGGAUACACUGUGUUCUGAGAAUGAUUGCUUCCGCCUACAGGAUGGCUCCCUCACAACUACUGUUAGGAGCCAAUGGGCAUACAGUAGCUCUGCUAGCUGUUUUAAGCUUUUAAAUACAUGUCAUAAGUAAUGAUAACACUUGUUGAGAAUGGAAAAUCUGUUUACAGCGUGAAGAUCGCAAACGAUGUUUUGUAAUACUUCUGUCCCUUUUUGUAAUAAAAUCUGUUCCAAAA